GGGGAUGUCAAAUAACAGCAAUAAUAAUAAUACAACUAUAGAAAAAUUGAUAUCAGCUUGUGCUGGUGCUUUGAUUACUUCUCUUAUGGUGACACCUAUGGACGUCAUCAAAAUGAGAUUACAGACACAACAACGUACAGUUCCUAAAUAUUGCUGUACUGCCCUGAGUCAAUGUAAUCUGACUCAACCCAUGACUUUAUUAAAGAAAAUACCCUUUAAAAAAACCAAGUUGCAAAUGGCCAAUAUUCAUGAAUGUGCCAUUGCACAACAACAACCUUUGAUAUUUAGAGGAACAUUUGAUGGCAUAUACAAGAUAAUAAAGUAUGAAGGUGUCAAGGCCCUUUGGAAAGGAUUAUCGCCUGCACUUGUCAUGUCAAUACCUGCUAACGUGAUAUACUUUGUUGGAUACGAACAAUUAAAAGAUUCUAUACCUUCCCAAGACUACGCACCAUUGAUAGCUGGAGCGGUUGCACGUACAGUUGCUGUCACCAUGAUAUCACCCAUCGAAUUGUUUCGCACUAGACUUCAAGCGACUGUAGGUGCUCAUGAUUUCAAAAAUAUUUUGGGAGGAAUAAAAGAUAUGGUCGGUCAGGAUGGAUUGAGAGCAUUAUGGAGAGGAUUACCGCCUACAUUAUGGAGAGAUGUACCAUUCUCAGCUAUUUAUUGGAUGGGUUAUGAAACAUGUAAAAAGCAAUUUGAAUCAAGUGUAAAUGAACUUGAAGCAUCAUUUCUGGCAGGCGCUGUUUCUGGCAUGUUUGCUGCGGCAGUAACAACACCUUUUGAUGUAGCCAAGACAAAGAGACAAGUGAAUGCGACAGGACAUGUCAAGGUACCUGAGAUACUUGAACAUGUUUAUAAACAAGAAGGCAUUCGAGGCUUAUUCAGAGGCUUGACUCCCAGAAUAGCUAAAGUGGCUCCAUCUUGUGCGAUUAUGAUCAGUACUUAUGAAAUGGGUAAAGUUUUAUUUUUAUCCCAACAUGAGUCCUUGUAAAUAUAUCUGCUUUUUUUUUGUAAAUUAUUUGAAGUUUAUUUAAUAUAUUUAUAUAUAAUGUUUAUAUAUACACACACACUUUCUUCCUUUACAAUGGCCGUCUUAAUUGCUGCAGUAAGAGUUCUAAUUCAUGUAUUCUUUGCUUAUGUUGAUAUACAUCAUGUUGCAAUUUCCUUAUUUGUUCUACACUUUUGCGUAGUAUUGUGCCUUUGUUCAUCUUGUUUUCUU